CCUAAGAAGGAAGGAGACAUCUUCAUCCUGCCAGAAAGCGAGAAAACGAACAUGAAGGGAAGUGGUUGGGACACAGAGCCCCACUGUCCUGUCCACAAGAUGGAGACGUGGUGGGCAGUGGUGGUGCUGGCUGCGCUCCCCUCCCUGGGGGCAGGCGGGGACACUCCCGAAGCCCCUCCGGAGUCAUGGACCCAGCUCUGGUUCUUCCGCUUUUUGGUGAAUGCCGCUGGCUAUGCCAGCUUCAUGGUACCUGGCUUCCUCCUGGUGCAGUACUUCAGGCGGAAGAACUACCUGGAGACAGGCAGGGGUCUCUGCUUUCCCCUGGUGAAAGCUUGUGUGUUUGGCAAUGAGCCCAAGGCCUCUGACGAGGUUCCUUUGGCUCCCCGGACAGAGACGGCAGAGACCACCCCCGUGUGGCAGGCCCUGAAGCUGCUAUUCUGUGCCACGGGGCUCCAGGUGUCUUACCUGACUUGGGGUGUGCUGCAGGAACGAGUCAUGACCCGCAGCUACGGGGCCACGGCCACAUCACCAGGUGAGCGCUUCACGGACUCUCAGUUCCUGGUGCUAAUGAACCGAGUGCUGGCACUGAUUGUGGCUGGCCUCUCCUGUGUUCUCUGCAAGCAGCCCCGGCAUGGUGCACCCAUGUACCGGUACUCCUUCGCCAGCCUGUCAAACGUGCUUAGCAGCUGGUGCCAAUAUGAAGCUCUCAAGUUCGUCAGCUUCCCGACGCAGGUGCUGGCCAAGGCCUCCAAGGUGAUCCCCGUCAUGCUGAUGGGAAAGCUGGUGUCUCGGCGCAGCUACGAACACUGGGAGUACCUGACAGCUGGCCUUAUCUCCAUUGGGGUCAGCAUGUUUCUGCUGUCCAGCGGACCAGAACCGCGCAGCUCCCCAGCCACCACCCUCUCAGGCCUUAUCUUAUUGGCUGGCUACAUUGCUUUUGACAGCUUCACCUCAAACUGGCAGGAUGCCCUGUUUUCCUAUAAGAUGUCAUCAGUGCAGAUGAUGUUUGGGGUCAAUCUCUUCUCCUGCCUCUUCACAGUAGGCUCACUGCUGGAGCAGGGGGCCCUCCUGGAGGGGACCCGCUUCAUGGGGCGACACAGUGAGUUUGCUGCCCACGCCCUGCUGCUCUCUAUCUGCUCCGCUUGUGGCCAGCUCUUCAUCUUCUACACCAUUGGGCAGUUUGGGGCCGCUGUCUUCACCAUCAUCAUGACCCUCCGCCAGGCCUUCGCCAUCCUCCUUUCCUGCCUCCUCUAUGGCCACACUGUCACUGUGGUGGGAGGGCUGGGGGUGGCUGUGGUCUUUGCUGCCCUCCUGCUCCGAGUCUACGCCCGGGGUCGUCUAAAGCAACGAGGGAAGAAGCCUGUGCCUAUGGAGUCCCCUGUGCAGAAGGUUUGAGGGGAGUGGAGGGGGUCUGAGGGAUGAAAUGAAAUGGGUUCCUCCUGCUGUGACUUCUCAAGAGGCACUGACUCAAGGGCAAAACGCAGGUGUUUUCUCAGUAUCACAGACCAGCUCUGCAGCUGGAGAUGGGGAGCCCAGCAGGCAGCGUUCCCCUUUGCCUUAAGUCACCCAUCUUCAGCAGGCAGGUUCUUGGAGCCCCAGGACAAUCAUGACGGGCUGCAAGGAGUUGAGGGAAAAGGGCAAUUCCCUGAAGUCUUGCCCUGUUAGCUCUGCCACCUGAGGCCUCCUUGGCAGAUCCCUGUACCUCCUCUGCCAAGGUGAGAAAAGCACAAGCGGUGUAGGCUCCAAUGCUGCUUCCCCAGGUGCCAGUGGUGCCAUGCUGAGGAAGGGGACAGAGCCACGCAGCGCGGUGUCACCCGGGUACUGGAUCCCUCCUAGGCUCUGCUCCAAGAGCCCACUGCAGGUUUUGGUACUUUGGAAAUGUAACUUUUUGCUCUUAUAAUUUUAUUUUAUUAAAUUAAAUUGCUGCAAUGGA